AUAAUUCAGUUGUACAUGGGGUCGUUGUUAUCACGCUUCUGCAUUGAUCUUGUUUUCCUUUUCGAUGAACUUUUUCCUUAUUACUGGGGUUUGGUGGAAAAUGUAUGCUUCAACUAUCAUGUGCAACUUUGCUUGGGACUAUAGUUACUCGCGCAGCAAGUGAAAGAAAAAAUAGUGACGUCAUUUCAACUUUAACCUUCACUUAGAGAUAAGCAGACAUUCGCCCCACAUAAUAUACUUCUUUGUAAGGCGGGGGGAAAGGAUGGCGGAAUCCAGAGAGAGGAUGACAAUGAAAGCAAGAAAUCCAGGACGGAAUGAUGGCAGGAGACAGUCCCCAAACUACUUUUUGGCCAUACAAAUUACCGAGGAAGAGAUAAUACAAAAAGUAAGAGAGAUUCAGGACAUCAUUUUAGAUAAAGAAAGGAACCUGUCUCACGCGAUGAUAGAUAUACCCACCCUCCACCUCACACUUGGUGUAUAUUGCCUGGAGGAUAGAGCAAGUGUCUUACAGGCAACAGAGUCUCUAAACAGAUUUCACGAGAAGCUGAAAGUUUCGGAUUUUGCGCCACCUUCUUUCACCAUUUCCACAUUGGGAAAUUUCAAUCACAAAGUUGUUUUCGCAUCAUUUGCAGAUGACCAAGGACUAAAAGACCUCAACACCCUCGCCAGAGAUGUUAAAAAAUCACUCGAAGAUGAUGGAUUGUUUACCACAGAUGAUAAAUUCAACCCACAUAUAACCAUCUGCAAGAUGUCUCAAAAUAUGGAUAGACUUCGAAGAUUAGGAAUAGAAAGCAUUGAGCCUUCGCAUUAUGAAGAAAAGAAAUACAUGUAUUUUGGGAAGCAGACAGCUGGAGGUAUCCAACUUUGUUCAAUGAAGGAACCGAAAUCAGAAUCCGGAUACUAUCAUAUCCAACAUGAAAUCAAAUUUUGAUUCUUGAGGACAUACAAGAUCAUAAAGACUCAGUGUGAAUUUAUAUAUAAGUAACAUGCACAUUUAUAAAUAUGUUUAAGAGUGGUAACUCGUAUCAAUAAAGAUCUACAAGACAGAAAUGAGAGCUGGUAUGAUGGAUUUUGAUUCAACAUGCAAUUAGAGAGUAAUUUUGAUGAUGCUGACAUUCAUAUGUACCGUAAUAAUUGUAAGCGGGGAAACCAGCACUUGACGAAGGAAUUGGAAAAAAAAACCUAGUUUAAUGACUGGUAAUAUUUUUUAGGUAUAGGUAAUUGUAAGCUGAUAUUAACCCUUUCUCUACCGGUACAUUUUAGAGGUUUUCAAAGACUAAAUGACAAUAUUUUUAAAUCAAGUUACAUCUGCAUGUAUCACAAUUUUUGGUAGGCAUGUGACAUAUAAUUUUGUUACGAAUUGGACAGGGAACAUUUUUUUUUAUAAAGUUUGUCAUGUUAUCCCAUGACCCCAAAGAGUUCUACGGGGUCAAAGGUCAUUUAAGUGCACAUUUUUGCAAUCUUUUUUCUCUGGAAUAUAUAUAUUACAACCCCUCUCACUAGAUUCGAGUCAAAAAUAGGAAAUUCUAAAUGUAUGAGCUGAUGUGUCUUUUAAAAUACUACAAAACAUCACAAUCAAAUUAAUCAAUUUUAUUGACAAACAGAUAUUUUUGGUUGCUAAGUAACAACACUCAUGGUGUAAUUUUGACCAUAAUUUGCCUUUCUACAUCCAUUCGACACAAUUUAAACAUAAUUACAUUGCAUGAUGAUUGGUAAAUGUCGCAUUAUUUUAAAAAUAUAAUCUUUGACUAGAUCUUAAUCAUUUUAAAAGGUUUUUAACAAAAAAUAUAAUGAAGAGAAUUAAGGUCAAAGGUCAUAAAAUGGAAAUUUCGUACUUCAUAUACAUAUUCAUCAUUUUCUAAUAAUAUGACAGUUUGCCAUUAUGUUCCACUAAAUAGUAUAAAUAUUGCAACAUUAAAACAAAGAUCUUUUCUGUUAAAAUCUAAAAUAAUCUAUUUUUUAUAUUCAAAUAUAUUUGGUUGCUAAGCAACAACACCAUUAUGAUAUCAAGUGCUAUGAGAAAGUAAUGCCCGUUUUUCCUCCCCAAGUUCAUUGUAUACGAAUGUUCAAUUACUUACUUUCAAUCACUAAAUUUAAAUGUACAUGCAUUAUAUUUAACAAAAAUGUUCUUCUUAUAUUCAACCUCUUAAAACAUAUUUCUAGACAUAAUUCUUGAUGCUGGGUUGUUCCGAUAGAGGCAUGCGUUGACCAAUAUCUGUCUAUCGACUGGAACUUCUCAGCAGACAUAUAUAAGAUAUUGCCCAAAAAUCUGAAGGGAAAAAAAAGAUUUUUUUAUACUAAGCCCCAAAUACUGAUGUAUUCUUAAAGCUUUUGAAUACUCAAUUUGCUCUGUAAAUGUUUUCUAUAAUCAAAGCCCUAUGAAAAUUAUGCGUUUAAUUACUUGUAAAAUUAUAUCUGGGGUAAUUGUAAUACACAUUUAAUAAAUGUGUUAGAUGCACAGCCAGAUUAAUUUUGGUAGAGGUAAUCUUAUUAAAAUGCAUUUUAUUAUUCGUUUUAAACUGGAAAUCACUGUUACAAUAUUGGUACUUUAAAAUUAGUAAUACCUGUACAGUUCCUCUUCAGUGAGAGGCUGCGAACUUCCUUGGGAAGCAUAGACAAUCCUUCCCCCUAUAUAUGACCAUCUCAGCAUAAUGGUUGGUGGCAACACAUAUGGAGAAAACCAAAUCUUCUGUCAAAAACAGCUUUAUAAAAUCUGCAAUUCUCUGAAUAAUCAGGUCCCAUAUCUGAAAGAAAAUUGCAAAUAAAAUCAGUAUUGGCCACCAUACCUUAUUUGUCAGCAUUUAAAACACUUAUCAUACCUUAUAAUUAGAAACAGAAUUAUGAUUUUCCGUGUUUUGUCUCUUUUUGUAUGUAUGUUAUAUGUAGUAAUGCAACGAUCAACAGUAAAAUGGUACACGCAUAUCAGUGUACCAUAAUGCCAUGAU